AUGAACACUCUGGCAUCGAUUGGGCUUGCAAUUCUGUUGCUUACCUUCAUCGCCCUCAAGUACCAAAAAAACUUGCCAUCAUGGCUUGCCACGGCCAAACGCAUUGUGCAGCGUACCGAUUGCGAUGACAUUAAGAGAAUGGCACCAUACCCAGCCCAGCCCAUCAAGGGGAGGGAUAGAUACCGGGUCAUGAUGGAUAUCCGCAAGCUAGACGUGGAGAACUGGCUCACCUUAGACAAGAACUAUAUGGACGAGCAUGUUGUCAGAAGCGAAUUACUUGCAAAUGAGAAGAAGAAAGUCCUCCAAUGUCUACCAGAGUCAUAUGAAGCUUGUCUCGAGGCGUUGGAGGAAGUCGUCGAGUUUUUGACUCAACGAUUUGCCAACAUGUUCGAUAUGAAGAAGAACGGCGAGGAAACAGCGGUUUACAACAAGGUGACGGGCGAAACAUUCGUUUUCGGUGGAGACAGGUCAGGUCAGAUGGACCCUCUUGAGAUUGCUGUGAGGUUGACAAUGGAGGACCUGAGCAUUCUGAUGAAGAAUGCAGAUGGGGAGUAUUACCUGGCCGCAAGUGCAAGCUUAUUCCCCGUGGGAUGGACAGUAGCGGAACGGAUUGGAUGGACGAUCUCCCAGCUGCAUAACCCGGUUCCUUUAUGGCACCAGCAGGUAGCUAAUUCUGUCAGCAAGUUUCUGUGUCGUCUGACCCCUGAGUCCCCUAUGGAACGUUCCAACUAUUUUGUCGAAGUAAAACGGCCAGAUGAGAAACUGUUUGAUAUUCUGUACCGGCCUACCACUUUAUCUGAGGACAACCCGGACCCGUCUCCGCAAGAUCUCGUCGUUCGCCGUGAACGGCAGACUUUCCGUAGGCUUCCUCGGACUGGUACAAUUGUGUUCGGGGUCAAGACCUUCUUGACCACGCUGGAUGAGCUCCCGAUGCAGGAGCUUGAGAACUUGGCCAGAGAAGUGAAAAGUUGGCCAGAACACGUGGGUGAAUACAAAGGCAGAGAAAUCUGGGGAGCGAAGGCGCUCGAAUUCUGUGAGAAGAGGCGUCAGCAGCAGGAGAAGGAACCCGAAAAGAUGGAUGUUUAA